CGACUGGCAUCACUCCGCCAAACGUCAGCUCUUCAAGCAAGAUCGCGAAAUUCAACAUCAAAACACGCGUGUGACCAACCGCAAGCGGCAGUGAAAAUCUGAAUCAUGGUCCAGAUCGAAGAAUCCAAAAUCGCCGACAUCGGCCGCGUCCUCAACGACAAGGACCGCCCACUGAAAGAGCGUUUCCGGGCGCUCUUCACGCUGAAGAACAUCGGCGGACCGUCGGCACUGGCGAGCAUCGAAAGCUGCUUCGACGAUGAAUCCGCACUGCUGAAGCACGAGCUGGCUUACUGCCUGGGCCAGAUGCAGGACCGGGCGGCGAUCCCGAUACUGGCCAAGGUGCUCGAGGACGUCAAGCAGGAACCGAUGGUGCGGCAUGAGGCUGCGGAAGCUUUAGGGGCUAUCGGAGCAUCGGAGGUUGAGGACAUCCUGGUCAAGUAUUCAAAGGAUCCCGUAGUGGAAGUGGCGGAAACGUGUGAAAUCGCCCUGGGACGCGUACGUUGGCUACAGAACAAGGAGCAGGGCUUUGUCGAUAACAACCCGUACGCGUCGGUUGAUCCCACGCCACCGGCCGUUACAAACAGCGUGGAGGAACUGCAGCGAACGCUGUUGGACGAGACGGAGUCGCUGUUUAACCGGUAUCGUGCCAUGUUCAGUUUGAGAAAUUUGCGAACGCAAGAAUCGGUCCUGGCGCUGGCUUCCGGGCUGAAGGGCAAAAGUGCACUGUUCCGUCACGAGGUUGCCUUCGUGCUGGGCCAACUUCAGGAGGAGUGUAGCAUACCGUUUCUGGCGGAAAACCUGCGCGACGCGUCGGAGAACGAAAUGGUCCGGCACGAGUGUGCCGAGGCGUUGGGAGCGAUAGCCACCGAGGAGUGCACCAAGAUUUUGAACGAGUAUCUGGCCGACGAGAAGCGCGUCGUCAAGGAAAGCUGCGAGGUGGCGCUGGACAUGUGUGAGUACGAGAACAGUCCCGAGUUCCAGUACGCGGACACGCUGACGAAGGUGUCGCACUGAAGUGCGCGUUUGUUAUUAUUUACAGAGAAUGGAUUGUGAUUCCGGAGAAUACAGACACUGAUGGAACGUUUAA